AUGCAGCAGCAAAUAGGAGAUGAGAUAGAUGCAGCACACAACUGGCCGACGCUGCAAGCUGCUGCUGCUGCUGCUGCUGCUGCUUCUGCUCCUGCUGCUGCUGCUGCAGACGAUGCAGUUGAAACGGCAUCAGUGCAAGCAGCAGCAGCAGAUGCACCAGUACAGGCUGCAGCAGCAGAAGCAACAGAAGAAGCAGCAGCAGAAGCAGCAGCAGCAGAAGCAGCAGCAGAAGCGGCAGCAGCAGAAGCAGCAGCAGCAGAAGCAGCAGCAGCAGAAGCAGCAGCAGCAGAAGCAGCAGCAGCAGAAGCAGCAGCAGCAGAAGCAGAAGCAGAAGAAGCAGAAGACGCAGCAGCAGCUGCUGAAGCAGCAGCAGAGGCUGCUGGUGCUGAAGCAGCAGCAGCUGCAGCAGCUGCAGCAGCAGCAGCAGCAGACCUAGCAGCAGCAGAGGCAGCAGCCCUUGCUGCUGCAGAUAGACAUGCUGCAGCAGCAGGAUUAGCAGCAGCAGAUAGUGCGAGAGCAGCAGCAGCAGAAGCAACAGCAACAAAAGCAGCAGCAAAGAGAGCAGCAGCAGCAGCUGCUGCUGCUGCACAAGCAGCAGCAGCAGAAGCAGCAGCAGCAACAGCAGCAGCAGCAAGCCGAACAGCAGAAGAAGCAUAUGCAGCAGAAGUUGCAGCAGCUAAAGCAGCAGCAGCAGAAGCAGCAAUCGCUUCUGCUGCUGCAGCACAAGCAGCAGCAGCUGUAUCAACUGCUGUUGCUGCAGCAGAAGCAGCAGCAGCUGCUGCUGCAGCUGCUGAAGCUGCAGCAGCAGAAGCAGCAACAGCAGAUGCAGCAGCAGCAGCAGCAGCAGAAGCAAGUGAGGCAGCAGACGCAGUUGCCGCUGCAGCAGCAGCAGCAGCAGAAAGGGCCUCCGCCGAAGCUGCUGCAGCAGCAGCAGCUGCUGCUGCGGCUGAGGAGUCAGCAGCACGAGAAGCAGCAGCAGCAGCAGCAGCAGCAGCAACUGCAGCAGCAGCAAGUGUAGACAUACCUGAAGCACAGCAGCAGCAGCAACAGCAGCAGCAGCAGCAGCAGCAGUAG